UCUUUCGCGCCACAACGAUUUCUCUUCUCUUCUCCAUUAACAUUCAUCACCGUUUCGUUGAAACUUCGGUUUCAGUUUCUGGAAGCUGCUGGAUUCGCAAGUUUCUCGAGCUUGAUGGGGAAAGAAGAUUUCAAUCCAUUUGGGAGACCUUACAAUUUUAUUGCGCCUCAAGAUCAAACUCCAAACCAGUCUAUGCCCCCUCAUUGGUCUACAAAUAUGCAGGCUUAUUACAAUUCUGGGUCUACUUCAAAUCCCUUUUAUAAUCCACUUGCAGCUAGCCCUUACAUGUAUCAGCAGUACAUGUGGCAAAAUCAGGCAAACAAUGCACUAUUUCAUCGUGAUGCCCUAAAUGAUCCUGCAAGGCUCUCCAAUAAACCUCACGUAGCUAAGGAUCCUGCACUGGCCUUUUCAGGAACGGCUCGAAGGAAUGUCGGAGAAGGAAACUCGGACUUCAACAAAUUAUUCAUCGGAAACUCACUAAGUUUAAUAACUGGGGAUUCAAGAGAAUAUGGAAACCCAUCUUCAGCACCGAAAAAUGAUAGGGAUGGAACCUCAAUGAGUGUACCAACUGGAAGCAAGAGAUCACCAGGCGAAGAACAAGAGGGCACUAACAAUGUUUUACCUUUAAGCAUGACACUGAAACCUAACAUGAUUAUUGGGGAUGAAAAUCCAUCUGGGCUGACUCAGAAUUUAGAGACUUUGGUCAAGGAAUCUGAUGCUGAUGAAAAUGCUGAUACUCAACUGAAAAUUCUGGAAGGUGAUGAUGAUGUAAGAAAAGAAAGGAAAAGACAGUCAAACAGGGAAUCAGCUAAGAGAUCAAGGAUGCGAAAACAGCAAGAAUGUGAAGAGCUGUGUAAAAAGAUAGACACUCUUAAGGAUGAAAAUUCCGUCCUUACGCAAAGGCUCGUUACACUUUCUGAGGAAUGUCUGGAGCUCACCAAUGAAAACAAUUCCAUUGAGGAAGAGCUAGUUAAGAGGUAUGGAUCAGAAUCAAUUGCAGAUCUAUUGCUCAUGAAGCCUGUUUGACAUUGUUUCCGGUGGAUUCCCAAAAGCAGUUUGAGAUGGGAAGCAUCAUACAACUGAUCAGAAUCUAUUAUAUAUUUUUAUUUGGGAUGGAAUUGAAUUUUGACUCUGCUUUAAGCUGUCAAUCAUAUUAGACAUAAUGGUUUUUUUUUUUUUUUUUGGCAAGGACAUAAUGAUAUAUUUUGAUCAUUAAUAAAAGAUAUUUUUAUCAA